UAAUUUUCAAUGUCAUUAGUAGUGACAAAGUCCAUCAUAUAAAAUGAUCUCUCCGAUUCGACAGGAGGAUAUAAAGAAGAAUAUUCACUAGUACGUUCCUAUACGAAUGCUCCAAACUAUCGGGGAACGCUGUUAUGCAAUCUAAAAUAAUUAACUUCAAAUUAUCAUUCUAACAGUGUGGUGUGUUAUUUGUUCCGACCGCUGAAGGCCAAAGUUGAUCCAAAGCUACAUAAGCUUCCUCGAUAAGAGAGUAGUUUGCAAAAAAAAAAAUUAUAACUGCGCUGCCAAUUCUUCCCAAGGAAUUUUGUUGGACGAUCAGUUGCACACGUGGUGGCUUCGAGAUACCAUACAAGAUGAUCGUCGAAGAAAUACAGGAAGAUAUUGCUGCAGCAAUAAAAGCAAUCAUGAAGAAAGAAGGUGUAUCUGAUUACAGAUACGAGAUCGAUGGACAGUCAGAGUCUGGUGACAAUUAUAUGGGUGAAGUGUAUUUCAUAAGGGUGGUAUCUGAGGAAAACAAGAAGACUCUUCAUUUGGUGCUGAAGACAGCGAAACGUUCAAAAGACCUUCGAGAAGCUGUACCUAUCGAGGUGUUUUACAGUAGGGAAUUGUAUAUGUAUUCAGAUGUGUUUCCAGUGUUUAGAGAGUUUAUUCGAGAAGUGGCGCCAAAUUUUGAAUUCCAGUUUGUGCCCAAAGUUUACUGGAUCAACGACGAGCUCUCAAGAGAAACUAUCGUCUUGGAGAACCUGAAAGAUUCUGGUUUCAGCUUGUACGACAGGAAGAAGCCUUGGAACUUCCAACAUUCUGCUUUGGCUAUGAAACAAUAUGGCAAGCUGCAUGCACUUUCUAUAGCGUUGAAAGACCAGAAACCUGAAGUGUAUAGGGAAUUGACGAAGAAGAUGGGAAAUGUAUCAAAUGUCUGGGAAAAAAAGAUGGAUAUGAAGGGAUUUUUUACUGAGCCUUUAGAACAUAUUAUGAGUGUGUUGAGGAAGAACGGUAAGGAAGAUCUGGCGGAAAAGUAUGAUGGUUUAUUGGAUGAAGCUGAAGGAAUGUUGUUGAAAGAACCAGAUGAAGAUGAUAAAUUGGCGAUUUGUCAUAUGGACUGUUGGAAUAACAAUUUCAUGUUCAAGUAUGAGAAUGAUGACAAAUCUACACCAUCAGAUCUACGUAUGCUGGAUUUUCAACUCUCUGUAGUAGACUCACCAGCCAAAGACCUAAGCUACAACAUAUACGCAACAUGCGACAACACAUGCCUCAAUCGUUUUGACGAACUUAUCCAGAUCUACUACGAUACUCUGAAGGAGUCUGUGAGGGUUUUGGGCAGCAACCCUGAUAUAAUCUUCAGCAUGGCAGAUCUACGCAGGCAAUGGAGGAAGUACGGUUUGUAUGGCCUUUUCUUCUCCAUAACGAUCAUCAAGAUAGAGUUGUUGGAGAAAGAAAAUGCUCCCAAAAUAGAAGAAAUGGCCAAACACGAGAACAUGAUAGAUGGCUUCAACGUCAAGGUGACUAACCAAGAGGAGUAUGACAGAAGAAUUAGUGGUGUAUAUGCUCACUUCGCUGAAAAUUUCCUUAAUUGUGCUUCGCCAGUUGAUCAAACGUUGUUGUUACACAUGGAGUGCGAGGAAAUCAAGAAAGAUGCCGAGGAUCUCAUCCACAGGCUGAUGGUUGAAGAGGGCGUAGAAAAAUAUAAGCUACACUUCGAUGGUAAAACCGAAGCUGGUGACAACUACGCCUGUGUUAUAUUAUUCCUCAGGGUUGAACCUGAGGGUGAUCAAAAACCAUAUAAUUUAGUGAUGAAGACAGCUAAACGAUCAAAAGAUAUUAAUGCCUUUCUGCCUGUUGAGAUGAUAUACAACAGGGAGCUCCUCAUCUACACCAAAGUUUUUCCAACAUACCAAAAAUUCAUCGAAGACACCAAAUCAGUCUUCAGCCUUGACUUCGUCCCAAAGACUUAUCUGACUAGUGACAUAUCCUGGAAACAGACCAUAAUCUUUGAAAAUCUCAAGAGUAGAGGUUUCAGACUUCACGACAGACAGAAAUCAUGGGAUUUAGACCACUCUCUUCUAGCGAUGGAGAAAUAUGGUGAGUUUCACGCUCUUUCUCUUGCUCUUAAGCAUCAAAGACCGGACGAGUACGAGGAGUUGGUGAAACAAAUGCCGAACGUUACGGCUGAAUUUAAUAAAAGAAUGGAUAUGAAGUUUCUGUUUCAAGAUCUGCUGGACAAUGUGUUGAAAUUGUUGCAGAAGAAUGGGAGGCAAGAUCUUGUUGAUAAAUAUGAUGGUCUCGUAGAGGACGUGGAUGUGUUCAUCAAACAUCCUGGACUUGACGAGGGCGACAAUAUGCUUAUUGGUCACUUGGACUGUUGGAAUAACAAUUUCAUGUUCAAAUAUGAGAAUGAAGAUGAUUCAAAACCCUCAUCGAUCUGCUUACUAGACUUUCAACUAUCAUCCCUCUGUUCACCAGCCAAAGAUCUCAGUUACAAUAUCUACUCCACCUGCGAUAAAGCUUGCCUAGCUCACUUCGAUGAAAUCCUGAAGACGUACUACGCUUCAUUAUCUGACAGCCUUGAACGUUUGGGAUGCAAACCAGAUGAAAUAUUCACCUACGAACAGCUCCAACAACAUUGGCGAAAAUAUGCCAAGUUUGGACUUCUGACUUCUCUCUUGGUUUUGAGGAUAUGCUUGGUGGACAAGGAAGACGCUCCAGAUUUCAACGAAAUGGCCAAAAACGCCCGUGAGCCAGUGGUUAACAUUAUGUUGGAGCAAGAAAUAGUGAACGAUCUUGAGGUUUUCACCAAAACAAUUAUGAAGAAUGAAGGAAUCACCGAUUACGAUAUACACAUUGAAGGAAAAACUGAAAAGGGUACAAAUUAUGGCUCCGAAAUCAUUUUUUACAGUGUUACACCAAAAACUUUGGAAAAAAAGUAUAGCUUGGUGAUGAAAACAACGAAAAGAUCCAAGAAAGUGAGAGAACUAUCCCAAGACGCUAUUGGAGACAAACGUGAGAUGCAUCUCUAUUCCAAAGUUGCUCCAGCAAUUCGUCAGAUGUUGACGGAAUCUUCAUCAGAUUACCAUCUGGAAAAUAUGACUCGACCAUAUUUGGUAAACGAGGAUCCUGGACACGAAACAAUGAUAAUGGACAAUUUGAAAGCCAAGGGUUUCAGAUUGUGGGAUACAAACAAAGCAAUGAAUAUGGAACACAUCCGAAAAGUUUUGAGUAACUAUGGAAAAUAUCAUGCUUCAACUAUAGCUUUGCGUUUCAAAAAACCAGAAGUGUUUGCUGAUUUAACGAAAGACAUGAAAAACCUUUUCGGAGCUUUCAUGGAAAAAGAGGAUUUCAAAAAAAUAUUCGGAGGCUAUAUGGAAGAUGCUAUUCAAAUUCUAGAUAAGGCUGGACUGAAAAAUAUCGUAGAAAAACUUGAGGGUGUUCCCGAAAAUGUUAUGAAUAUCCUUGGGAAUUGUCCAAAUGAAGAAGAUCAAGUACUUAUCACACAUGGCGAUUGUUGGAUCAAUAAUAUGAUGUUCAAAUAUAAGGAUGCAGAAAGCCUUGAGCCCUUGGAUUUAUGUUUCUUGGACUUCCAGUUGUCCAGUUUUGGAUCUCCUGCCACAGAUCUAAGUUACUAUCUUUAUACAUCUUGUGAUGAAAAUACGAUAACUAAUGAAUUCGACAAUCUUCUUCAGUUUUACUAUGAUUCCUUCUCUUCAACUUUGAAGGAACUUGAACUCGAUCCAGAACAAGUUUUUAGCAUUCAGAAGCUGAAGGAUCAUUGGAAAAAAUAUGCUAUAUAUGGUCUUAUAAUGGCUGCCUUCGUCAUCAAAGUUCAACUUGCAAGCAAAAAUGAAGCUCCUCCAGAUUUAUCAAAUAGCGGAGAUUUUAAUUCAAUGAAAUUAGGGCAGAUAGAAAAUAAUGACCUUUACGAGAGUAGAAUCAUUGCUGUAUUUAAGCAUUUUGCCAAAACGUGUAUGUGAGUACGAAACCAUAUAACUGUAUGUAUAGAUAUAUGUGGUCUUCUCGCUCAAAAGCUCCUGACUGCAUAUCAGCGCUGUCCUGGUUUUAUAGAUAUUCUGCUUGUAGUCUAUGGUUCUAGCAACGCACCAUAUACAAGAAAUUUCGCAAAAAACUUGAAAUCAAUUCAUUAUACAAGCAAAAUCUCAACUCGGACAGAUCUGUUGUCACUAAAAUAUAAUUAUUAUUGUGAAAAUUGAGUAUCGAAUAGAUAUAUCUCAAACAA